GUAAUGGUAUUUUUUUAUUUUUUGAACUUAUAGUUUGAUUGUAUAUUGACUUAAUUUAACUGUGCAUUGACUUAUAGUUUGAUGGUGCAGCUCGACAUUUAAACUUGCUUGAAACUCAAAAUGAAGGGGAUGACUUUAACAAAAAGCUCGUGAACAGAAUAUUUGAGUUUGCUUCCAAUCAAGGUGAAAAAGGUUCACUUGUUGUCCUCCUUCAAAACUUAGAGAAGGUUGUGGAGGGAGAAUGGCAUGUAUUGAAGAAUGUAGUUGAAAAUUUGCCAUCUAACGUUGUGUUAAUAGUGUCUCACACACAAGGCUUUGAAGAGAAGACCCAACCUAAUCAAAAACAAGGGUUGUCACAAUUUCAAUUACUCGAGAAACGGAGUAGACAGAUUGAAGGAAGCAACAAUCCCACUGAUGAACUUAUGGAGCAAAUUGGUGGCCUUUUCCCCAAUAAGUUGACCAUACAUCUCCCUAAGGAUCAUACCUCACUAUCUCGUUGGAAGCAGCAGUUGGAGCAUCAUGUUAAAAGUAUAAAUGCUCAGUUAAAUGCCGUCACCAUUCGCUCUAUUAUGAACAAAAGUGCUAUGCAUUGCCCAGACUUUGAGUCUCUUUAUAUUGACGAUCAAGCACUAACCACUCAGAAUGCACACAAAAUUAUUGGCUGGGCUUUAAGUUAUCCUGGUGUUACUGUUAAAGACUCUUCUAUAGUUUUGUCUUCGGAAAGCAUUAGUUAUGGGCACAACAUUUUGAAGAAGAUUCAAAAUUCAGAAAAGAAGUUAAAUAAUUCAGUAAAGGAUGUUUUUAUUGACGGUGAGCUUGAGGAGAAAGUGAUGGCUGAUGUUAUAUCUCCGAGUGAUAUUGGAAUCACUUUUAACGAUAUUGGAGCAUUAGAAAAUGUAAAAAAUACUUUGAGAGAAUUGAUUAUGCUUCCUCUUCAGAGGCCGGAGUUGUUUAGCAAAGGGCAACUUACUAAGCCAUGCAAGGGAAUACUACUUUUUGGUCCCCCUGGCACUGGGAAAACAAUGCUGGCAAAGGCCAUAGCUACUGAAGCUGGGGCAAAUUUUAUCAAUGUUUCAUUGUCCAGCAUUAUUUCCAAGUGGUCUGGCGAAUCUGAAAAGUAUAUAAAAGCACUAUUUUCUAUAGCUCACAAAAUAGCACCAACCGUAAUUUUUAUAGAUGAGGUGGACAGUUUGCUAGGGAAACGUGGAGGAGCAGAUAGUUCGUAUAAUGAUGCUCAUUAUAACAAAAUUAAGACAGAGUUUUUUGUCCAUUGGGACGGUCUCCGCACAAACGAAAACAACCGCGUACUUGUUCUUACUGCUACUAAUAGGCCGUGGGAUCUUGACGACGCUGUUAUCAGGAGGCUCCCAAGAAGAUUACUGAUUAAUUUACCGGACGCUUCAAACCGUGAAAAAAUACUUAAGUUGAUAUUAGCUGCCGAUCAUUUGUCAAUGGAUGUUGAUUUAGAAGAACUGGCUAAUAAGACUAGUGGUUACUCCGGAAGUGAUCUCAAGGAUUUGUGUGUGGCAGCUGCCUACUGUCCUAUUAGGGAGAGAUUAGAGAUAGAAAAAAAGGAGGGAAGUGAGUUAUAUAGCAGCGUAGAUAUCCGUCCAUUAAAGAUGGAGGAUCUGUUGCAUGCCUUAAAAGAAGUUCGGGCUAGUUUCAAGCUUGACUCAUCUAUUAUGGAUGAACUGCGCAAAUGGAAUGAGCAGUUUGGAGGGGCUGCAGAUGAGUCUAAAGAAGAGAGAUACAUGAAUUAUUUCAUCUAGAUAUCAUAGGCUGUUUUAUGGAAUUAUGACUAAAAGAGCACCUUGGAGGGGGUGCAGAUGAGCCUAAAGAACAGAGAGACAGAGAGAGAUAUACAUGAAUAUUUCAUGUAAAUAUCAUAGGCUGUUUUAUGGAAUUAUAA